AUGACAGACUGGACCGUGAGCUCGAACGACGCAGUUACGCUGUCUCUUGUUCGCGCAGAGGAAGACAAAAAGGCGCUGGCGGAAGGCGAGACAUAUGAGAAAUUCCAUCCACCGUUCACCUACCCAAUCUACGGGGAGGAAGAAACAAUCUACGGUUACAAGGACCUAGUAAUCGACCUGAGAUUUGCCUCUGGGUCGCUGGCUCAAUAUCUCUCCGUCAAAUAUUUGGAAAAGCUGCCCGCAUCUACAGUCGAUAAUCCAGAAGCCACCUUGAAGGAAUACAUCCCACCAGACUUCUACACGGAUGAAGUCGCCUUCCAAAAACGAGUCGAGGAAGAUGCCACCACAUUCCGGCCGAGCGGUCAGCUCAUUUAUUCGUAUCUGCGUCCAUCGCCUUCGUCCAAAGGAAAGGGGAAAGGAAAUGCUUCGACGCAACCUCUAGAUCCCACUAGCGAAGAUACGGUGGAGUACGAAGUGUACCAUGCGACAUGGGACACACCAGGAUUCCGAGAAUAUCACCGGCGGAUGCAACUCUUCAUUCUUCUCUACAUUGAAGGAGGUUCAUACAUCAAUGAAGAAGAAGACACAUGGGAAUUCAUGGUUCUUUACGAAAAGCGUAAGCGCAGGGACGUCCCUCAUACCCCUACAUACCAUUUUGUGGGCUAUUCGUCAUUAUACCCCUUCUAUCACUACCCCGAGAAAAUUCGCCUCCGUCUUAGCCAAUUCGUCAUCCUGUCGCCCUACCAACACGGCGGUCAUGGCUCGGAAUUAUACAAGGCUAUCUACCAAUACGUCGUCGGUCAACCACAUAUUGCUGAAUUGACAGUUGAAGACCCAGCAGAGGCUUUCGAAGAUCUGCGAGAUAAAAUGGACUUGCAGAUGCUGCUUUCUAACGAGAAGUUCAUGCAAGAGGGCUUCGGCGAACCCGCAUCAUACGGCGGCGGUCGCGUUGGUGGAGUUGGAAGGGCCGGGAAGAGCGGAAGGGGAGGCGACACCACGGCUGCUAAAGGCAAGCUGGGCCCACCUACGGAUAAGACAUGGGCGGAGAAAUGGAGGAGAGAUCUCAAGAUUGCCCUGGCAAGCAUUUUACGCCUUGUAGAAAUGCUUAUUUUGUACAAGAUGGAUCCCUCUGAUCCCAAGGUAUUCCGCGCCUACCGUCUCCAAGUCAAGGAACGGCUUUAUCGUUUCAAUUUCGAAAUCCUAGCACAGCUCGAAAAGGACGAACGGCACGAAAAGUUGGAGGAGACGUUCCAGAGCGUGAAGGAGGAUUACCACCGUAUUCUAGCAAAGCUUCAUUGA